AUGACGGCAUUUGAAUCGACCAAAGAUGCGGUAUCGUACACGUGGAACAACAACAGCACCCUUCGCUUCUGGUGCAAGCUCAUAACCUGCCCUCUCUUUGGCCCUUGCUACUACAUACGAUCAUUGGAUUGGCCAAGCUGUGUCAAGAAGACCCGCGGCCAAUCGAGAAAACAACUCGAAAGAUAUAAAGUCCUAGCUGAUGUAGAGCAUCGCAGGCGUGUCAGACGAGUGGGAAAGAAGCGAAUUCCAUUGGUCGAUGGAGACAAAUGGUGGAACAAAAAGGCAAAGGGCCAGUCGCAAAGUCCUCUUUUCGCUAAAUUACCCUUGGAGUUGCGGUGGCAGAUAUAUGAGAUGGUGCUGUGUGAUCAGGAAGAACUGACCAUGAAAUUCAACGAGAAUGAACCGUGGGAUCAUUGGAAAGUUGGAGCAGAGCAAGGACGCGACACUAAAAUGUUGAGAACUUGCAAGAAGAUCUACCGCGAGGCCGCCUCGGUGCUUUACUCCAAGAAUACCUUCAAAUUUGACUCCUACAAGCUGCUGUCCACCUUCGUAUCAACGAUACCUCCGCAGCGUCUUGCCUCUAUCCGAAAGGUCAUUCUCGUCAUCACUCUCUUCUGGAAUCGUUGCGAUACUUUUAUCAAGCGGUACAGAGAUCUGCUGUCACUACUUAGUGGAAUGCAAGGCCUCAAAGAGGUAUGUUUGAGGUACCGAUUAAGGGAGAACAACUACGUGGUCCAUCCCCGAUUCAGCGACUUUUUGCUUCUGGAAUGGCUUGAAGAAGGAAAGAUCUCAAAGGAAUAUGCAAUUUUUUACGAGAUGCUCGAGGUUCAGACAGGACCAAGAUUUGGCGGUAUGCUUUUCGAUCGGUGGGCUAUCGGUGAGAGGAGGAGAAUCGAUAUGAAGGAGUGGAGUCUAGCAUUCCAUAGUUAUCUAUACAAUGAUGAUCUUUUGAUUACGCCCGCGCUUUAG